AUUUUGUCGUCGCGACAAACCAUAUUUCCCACAAACAGUACGAGUUAAAAACAUCAACAAAAAACACAGAGGAAACACUCACUUUUUGUCGCAAAGAAAGACCAGAUAAGGAAGACUACUUGCCAAUAACAGGUAACAAAAAGGAAGAAAAAUAAAGUUUCAAAAAUGGCCGACGAGGAAGAAAUCUCCGUCUACGACGAGGUCGAGAUCGAGGACAUGACGUACGACGAGACGCUCCAGAUCUACCACUACCCGUGCCCCUGCGGCGAUCGCUUCGAGAUCGCUCUGGCUGACCUGCAGGACAGCGAGACCGACAUCGCCGUCUGCCCAAGCUGCAGCCUCAUGAUCCGCGUCAUCUACGAGGUCGAGAACCUGCACAAGACGGAUCUUGACCCGGAGCCCGAAAAGGAGAAGGAGGGGACGCCCGCUCAGGUUGCCGUCGCUGCGUGAAGUUACCAAGUCGUGAGCGGAUAGGUAUUUCACGUUGCUUGGAGUGGGGGGAAAACACGUUCGAGACAGCGGGGCGCACACAAGUCUUUGAGGCAGUGCCUGACGCCUCGAGCCCAUGCUGCUUCUUGAGAGACUCAUGUACUUGCGGGCCUGGUUGGCUCUCGCAUGUCCACCUUCAGCAUGUGGAAAACCGAUGCUUAAAGAUGGAUCGCGAUCGAUUGUAAAAUCACCGAGUCUCUCGCAACGAUCGUGUCGAAGGGCCAGCACCAAGGGGUAGAGUCUCGGAUAGGAUCGCCUGGACAUGCGCACCGUCACAAGAAUGCUGUACGCUUUCGACUCAAAGGUUGAAAUGGGCAAUAUUUGUGCAUUCCAGGGUGGAUCUUUCAGGGGGGGCUAAAAGGGCGAGGAGAAGCUCUAACGUUUGUCUGCGCCGUUGCGUCCUUGAAGCAACAGACCGAGGACUGGGGCGGGGGGGGGGGGGGGGGC